AUGGGUGUUCUCAGGUGCUUGCCUGUGACAGGGCACUUCUAUUUCAUGAAGUCUCACAGGCAACAAAUCUCUGAAAUGAUUGCGCAGGCAGUGCGAGACGCAGACGAUGCAGGAGUCAAAUACUUUGGCCUUGCUCACCUCAACAAGGCGCAACAAACGCUGAAAAGAGUUGCUGCCUCUUCUUGGAGACCGCAAGAUCCGGAUUGUGCAUGGCAACACCUUGACAGCUGCCGCUGUUUGGCAGGCACUGCGACAAUAUACCCAGCCUAA